AGUGCUGACUUGUGGUUCAGGGCCAGUGUAAACUCUGGGCCAGUGACUCUCCAGCUCUGUCAGGUGAGUACACAGAGGUGGGCCAGAGAGAGAGAGACAGAGAGAGAGAGAGGUCCCAGGACAGCAGGAGGUUUGGUCUUGAGAAGAAUUCACACUUUGGGACUGUUGGAGCCAUUUUAAACGACACUCUGACACCUUCACAAAGAGAGCUCCUGACCCAGAAUGUUCUCUCGGAGUAAAGUGUCUCACAGGUAGCGGUUGAUCACAGUGGACUGGGACGUGGAGAUGGUCACUUGGGCCGCCUUGCUGACAGUAUGCAUAUGGAUAAUACAAACACAGAUCGCCUCGGGACAGCACACAUGUCCUACCACCCCACGCAGGCUGGUUGAUUUUACUGUAAAGUACUCCCUCCCCCACUUCCAAACUGACAAACCUAUACAGAACAUAGUAGUGCACUGGGAUAAGCAUCAGCCGGAUGUGUACGUUGGAUCCCGGAAUGUCAUAGAGGCAGUGAACUAUACUAUGGAGAAAUUAUGGGAGGUGAGAACUGGACCUGUUGGUAGCCCACAGUGUGACACCUGUCGUGUCUGUGACAUCGCAACAGACCCCGGGGAUCCAGUGGAUACAGACAAUGAGGUUCUGCUUCUGGAUCCUGCUGAAUAUUUUUUGCCAUACUUGUACAUUUGUGGGAGCACUCAGCAUGGCAUCUGUCACUUCAUUGACAUUGUUGACAUUGUUGCUUCAAAGCCGGAGCCUAAGUGUUUAUUCAAAAAAGAGGAAAACUCUCCAUCUUAUUGUCCUGACUGUCUGGCAAGUCCAAUUGGCACCAGAGUCACCAUCGUGCCAGAGUCUUCCACAUGUCUUUUCUUUGUCGCAGCUUCUGUGGACAGCAAAGUGGCACAGCGGUAUCCCAGGAGGUCGAUAUCAGUGGUGAGGCCACUCUCGACUGAGGAUGGCUUUCAUAUGGUCAUGAAUGGUCUGACAGUGCUCCCCAGUCUACAGGACUCUUACAGGAUUAAUUACAUCUACAGCUUUUCUACCAAGGACUACGUCUACUUUCUGUCCCUGCAGAGAGAAAAUCCUUUCAAGAGCGAUUCGCGGUUUCAGACUCGACUCGGACGAAUCCCAAUAUUAAUACCUGAGGUGUGGAUGUACAGAGAGGUGGUCCUGGAGUGCCGCUACUUACCCAAGCGCAGGAGGAGACGGAGAGGGGCUUUCAAGGACAUAGUGUACAAUGGGCUUCAGGCGGCCCACUUUGGGCGAGUGGGAAAGGACUUGGCCGGGGAGAUGAACGUGGGCAAGGCAGAGGAUGUUCUGUACGGGGUGUUCGCAGAGGUGAAUGAGCACGGAGAGCCGCAAAAAAACUCAGCCCUGUGUGCUUUUCCUAUUACCCAAGUGAACCAUGCGAUUGAGCGGGGCGUGGAGGCCUGCUGCAAGUCAGGCUCAGAGCAGCUGUCCAGAGGCCUCUGCCACUUCCAGCCGUGCGAGAGCUGCCCACAUGAGAGCUCCCAAGCAAACGAAACGUGCAGCGCCAUGCCCACUCUGGUGUCAAGUCCACACUACCGAGUAGACCUCUUCAACGGUCAGAUGAAAGAUGUCCUGUUCACUGCCGUCCUUGUCACCACGAUCAGUAAUCACACGCUGGCCAAUUUGGGUACCUCAGAUGGCAGGAUCCUGCAGGUGAUUCUCAACACAUACAGGCCUAUUGUUUAUGCCAACUUUUCUCUGGGAGAGUCUGCAGUGUCCAGGACAGCAUCUUUGUACCAAAACGAUUCGCUUCUCUUUCUCGUUGGAAAUAAGAUGUUCCGGGUGCCCUCUGCAGGACCCGGGUGCGCUCACUUUAUGACAUGCUCCGAGUGCCUGACAGCUCCGCGCUUCAUGAACUGUGGCUGGUGUUCAGGAAUAUGCUCGAGGCAGCAUGAGUGUGAAUCGCAGUGGAACACUUGUGCGCCCAUCAUAACAGAGUUUUUCCCUAAAAUGGCACCUGUUGGUGGUGAGACAGAAGUGACCUUGUGUGGUUGGGAGUUUCAGUCCCCUCAGAAACGGGCCAGCGUCAGCAACAAAACCCACAUCAUCACAGUGGGCUCUGGAAACACGUGUACUAUCCUGCCUGAAAGGAGCAGCAGUGUAGUGCUAGUCUGCAGGAUUCAGGAAAAUACACCAAACCAGAACCUAAGCAUCACUCUGGAAGUGCACGAGGGGGAAGUGAAGGGCCGAUACUCAAUCGAAGGCACAGCUCAGAUGCCUGGUUUCUCUUUUGUGGAACCAAGCAUAACAGAAAUCAGACCUGACUAUGGGCCAGUGUUUGGAGGAACAGUGGUGACACUGACGGGCAGAUAUCUUAACUCAGGGACGCAGAGAGACGUCUUCUUGGAUAACAACAAGUGUCUCAUUCAGAGUGCUCCUGAAGGAGACGGGCCGUUGUGUUCAAUCGUCUGCCAAACAGCAGCAGCAGCAGGUGUCGGGGAAGUACCCGUCAAAGUUGUUAUCGACAAGUUUCAAGUGACGACGACAAAGAUGUUCUCCUACAAGAAAAACCCGGUUAUAACCUCUGUACGUCCUCACUGCAGUUUCAGAAGAGGCUCCAAGCUGGUGAUAGAAGGUCAAAAUCUUGACUCUGCUCAGAGAACCGUUGUUCAGUACAUUCCAAAAAAUCCCAGCAUUCAAUCUCUUCAGCAAGUCUGCCAGGGCACGGCAAAUGCCACGCACAUGGAGUGCUGGGCCCCUGCUCUUGAAGAGGAAAUGCCAGAAGAGAAGUCUGAAAUAGGAGUGAUUAUUAUUCACAUGGAUGGAAAAAAGAACCUCUGGAAGAGCCGUUUCGACUACCACACGGAUGCCAAAGUCAUUCCCUUUGAGAACGACGACAGGAAAUUACUUCUGAAACCGGGAGAGACAGAAGUUUCGCUGCAUCAUAGAAAACUAGACACGGUGAGUACAUGCAUGAAGAUCACAAUGACCAUAGGCGGUGUGGACUGCAACGUUCAGGUUCUGUUAAAUGAGCUGACGUGCAGGAUUCCUAAAGGCCUGGUUAUUCCCAGGGAGGGGUCACCCGUCAAGGUGUUUGUGAAUGGGGAAGCAUACGAUGUUGGCACAGUGGUGUAUGACGACAAUAACACAGUGAUCGCAGGCAUCGUGCUGGGCAUCAUUGGUGCGCUGGUAGUAGGUGCUGGCCUUGCAUUAAUUGGGAUGAUCCAUGUGAAGAAGAAAAAGAGGGCCCAAAUUGAGAAUCGCUUAUCGACAAUGCUUUCACGGAGUCGCGUGGGCAGCAACUCUGAUUUCUCACCAACAGGUGACUACAGACGAGUCAAUCUCUCCCAUCAAACAUCAGGUUCAGGAGGAAGGGCCUUCGAGGGUUUAUUAUACAGUGCCAGCCACGAUCAUCUGUCUGUCCCUUUGGUGCCGCGGGACAACAUCUCAAUGGUCAGCCUGACCUCUGAUCUCCUGGAGGAGGUCAAAGAUGUGCUGAUCCCCGCUGACAUGCUCAGAAUCGAGGACAGCCAGAUCAUUGGCAAAGGCCACUUUGGCACAGUUUAUCAUGGAUACCUGAUAGACAGCAAAAAGCAGGAGACCCACUGUGCAGUAAAAUCAUUAAACAGGAUCACAGAUUUGGGCGAGGUGGACCAGUUCCUCAGAGAAGGCAUCAUCAUGAAAGGUUUCCACCACCCGAACAUACUGUCACUGCUGGGCAUCAUGCUGCCUAAAGAAGGACUCCCCCUGGUGGUGCUCCCGUACAUGAAACAUGGGGAUGUGCGUCAUUUCAUCCGUUCUGAGAAAAGGAACCCGACAGUGAAAGACCUGAUUGGAUUUGGGCUCCAGGUUGCCAAGGGGAUGGAAUAUUUAGCUCAGAAGAAGUUUGUCCACAGAGACCUGGCUGCACGUAACUGCAUGCUGGAUGAAACCUUCACAGUGAAGGUGGCAGAUUUCGGCAUGGCGAGGGACAUCUUCGACAAGGAAUACUACAGCAUUCAAGACCACAAACGGGCCAAGCUGCCGGUGAAGUGGAUGGCCAUCGAAAGCCUGCAAACGCAGAAGUUCACGAUCAAGUCAGAUGUGUGGUCGUAUGGCAUCUUAUUGUGGGAGCUGCUAACCAGAGGUGCUAGCCCGUAUCCAGAGGUGGACCCCUAUGACAUCACAAACUACUUGUUGAAGGGACGACGGCUUCCACAGCCGCAGUAUUGCCCUGAUAGUCUGUAUUCAAUCAUGCUGGCAUGUUGGGACCCGGAGCCUGAGUGCAGACUGAGCUUCCACCACCUGGUUUCAGAAGUACAGCACAUCCUGUCCUGUCUGGAAGGAGAGCACUAUAUCAGUCUGAAGGUUAACUAUGUAAACUUGGACCAGCCGAGGCCUUACCCCUCUAUGACUGAAUCUGCAGAUGAGGCCGAGGCCUCAGACUUUGACACAGACUGUCAUGGCACCAGCUAAGUGUCUCAGGAGCACAUAAGACUCAACAUGAUCUGGAAUCAAAGUUGGAAAGCAUUCAAGAGGAGGGACAUUCUGCUUCGUCCCGUAGGUUGUUGAACAUGUGCAACCUGAGCUUGCGGAGGGUGUGGCUACUGAUUUAAGACAAUGUAGGUACGACAAAGUGUGAUUUGAGCCGAGAUGAACUCACACUGGAAGUCCUCCAUCUUUGUUACAUUUUAAUUGUCACAAAACAAAGACAAUGUGCAGAUGGAAAGUGUUUUUACUCUGUAGCGAACAGCGGAAGCACAAGUGUGAAUGAGACAAAGUGAAUGUAACGUGCUUUAGUUCUCAGAUUUAUAGAAAAGAAUCAGGUCGGCUUACUUGAGGAUAUUUUAUAAAUGUCUACGAAUGCUGACUUGUGCUCAGGGUUCAACAUUUUUCUUGCUAUAUGGGGAUAUAAUAUGGAUUAUAUCCCUUCAUAUAGACUAUAGAAUGUAAACUAUAAUGGUACGAGCACCUGUGAAAUCGUCAUGUUCGAUGCAGAACAACUCCAUUGCUCUGCACCUACUGAAUUAUACAGGGAUAUCAACUGUACCUGUCAUUAUCACUAGAGGGCAACCAACUCCUCCUUCUGAAGAUCAACUCAUGUUGCUGCAGCAGUGACGCGCUGCGCUACAGCACACAGCUCAACACAAAGGUGUUACACCAACAACACAACUACAGGCAUCUGCUGAGCAAAUGGGACAAAUCCAGUCCUUCAACAAUCAAUACUUGUUUCUGCAUUUAAUCAAAAUGAUCUCCACGGGAAAUCCGACAAUCCAAAGCAUUUUAGGAUGUAUGCACUGAUUUCUUUCUUUUUUUACUCUCAGACUGACAAGUGAUUUGAUUUAGCUAAAGAUUUGUUUUUCAGAUAUACUUGAGUCUUGUUAUCAUGCAAUUUUUCCCCCUUCCGUUCGAGAUUGUGUCUUUUUACUACAUAAAUAUGGUUUACUGCUCAUAGCACAGCAGAAAUGUC